UCAAUCUUCAAAGAGAAGUCAGAAAAGAGGUUCCAAGUGGAAAAACACUUUCUCCAUUAUCAAAGACUCCUGCAGUCUUGCUACCUACUAAUUCUUCUUUAGAGGAGAGAGAGAGAGAGAGAGAGAGAGAGAUAUCUUUCCCGGAAACUCUGGUUUUUUCUGGCCGGCGACCGGGUUUUUUUUCUGGGGCGGGGCAAGAUGCUAGACCGUCGAGGUGUAUUCCUCACCUUUUUCCUCCUCCACCUCCUGGUUUUCUCUGAAUCGCACAGUUUUAACCACUUCCACCGAAAGAAGAAAAUCAAAGGACCCAUCAAGACCCUAGUGGUUCUAGUCAUGGAAAAUCGCUCCUUCGAUCACAUACUAGGUUGGCUGAAAUCGACUCGACCGGACAUCGAUGGUCUCACCGGAAAAGAGUCGAAUCGUCUCUCUGUGUCUGAUCCUAGUUCGCCGGAAAUAUUCGUCUCCGACGACGCUCUCUUUGUCGACUCCGAUCCCGGUCACUCUUUCCAAGCGAUUCGAGAGCAGAUUUUUGGGUCGGAGAAUUCCUCCGCCAACCCUGCUCCCAUGAAUGGCUUUGCUCAACAAGCAGCGAGCAUGGGCGAAGACAUGCCAAGAACGGUUAUGAGUGGCUUCAAGCCUGAGGUUGUACCGGUAACCACCGCUUUGGCGAACGAGUUUGCCGUGUUCGAUCGGUGGUUCGCUUCUGUACCUACCUCGACUCAACCGAAUCGGUUUUAUGUCCACUCGGCCACCUCUCAUGGAUGCCAGAGCAAUGUAAGGAAGGACCUUAUCCAUGGGUUCCCUCAGAAGACUAUAUUCGACUCGUUGGAAGAGAAUGGGCUUAGUUUUGGGAUUUAUUACCAGAAUAUUCCUGCAACUCUCUUCUUGAAGAGCUUGAGGAAGCUUAAGCACAUGGUUAAGUUCCACAGUUACAGUUUGAAGUUCAAAUUACAUGCCUUGUUGGGUCAGCUUCCCAAUUAUGUGGUGCUGGAACAGAGGUACUUUGAUGUGAACUUGUUCCCUGCAAAUGAUGACCACCCAUCUCAUGAUGUUGCGCUAGGGCAGAAGUUUGUGAAGGAGGUUUAUGAGACACUGAGGAAAAGCCCCCAAUGGAACGAAACGGCGUUGUUGAUAACAUAUGACGAGCAUGGUGGGUUCUAUGAUCAUGUGCCUACGCCGAUUUCUGGUGUCCCCAAUCCGGAUGGGAUCCUUGGGCCUGACCCAUUUUACUUCAGGUUUGAUAGGUUGGGUGUUCGCGUACCGACGAUACUAAUCUCACCUUGGAUAGAUAAGGGGACAGUUAUCCAUGAACCUAGUGGGCCAACCCAAUAUUCGCAAUUUGAACAUUCUUCCAUUCCUGCUACUGUAAAGAAGCUCUUCAAUCUGAAAUCAAAUUUCCUGACAAAGAGAGAUGCAUGGGCUGGGACCUUUGAGAACUACUUCAACUUCCGUGACAGUCCGCGAGGUGAUUGUCCAGAAAAGUUGCCAGAGGUUAAGACUUCGCUGAGGCCUGGGGGACCGAAGGAAGACAAAAGCCUUUCAGAGUUCCAGUUGGAGUUGAUUCAGCUUGCAGCCCAGCUCAACGGCGACCAUGUUCUGAAUACUUACCCAGACAUUGGCAAUAGCAUGACAGUGGCUGAAGCCAACCGGUAUGCUGAGGAUGCUGUGGCCAGGUUUCUGGAAGCUGGAAGAGCUGCCUUAAGGGCUGGAGCUAAUGAGUCUGCCAUUGUUACCAUGAGACCUGCCCUCACAAGUCGAAUCACCGGUGGAGUCUACGGGUCCCAGAUUCAGAGUCAUUGAUGACCCCACCAUUAUUAUCAUUAUUCUGAUCGAUGUAAAUAUGAUAUACAAAUCAACAAAUGGUUCUGUACUAUAUUUGGAAGUUGCUCUACUUCUUUUGGCUUUUGAAUAAACAAACUGGUCAAUCCUAGGGUGCCCAAA